CGCGCGUGACGUCACGCGCGCGCGCCGCUCCCCGUGACGUCAGCGAGCAGCGAGCGGGAGGAGACAGAGAGAGACGUCUCUCUCUGUCUGUGUCUCUCUCUGUGUGUCUCUCUCUCUGUGUCUCUCUCCGUGUCUCUCUCUGUCUCUCUGUGUCUCCGUCUCUCUCUCUCUCUCCGCGCGGUGUCGCCAACGCCGUUGCACGCGAGGCGAAGGGCCAAAAAGGGAAGAGGCGGAGCGAGCCCAGUCGAGCGACAAACAGCAACGGAAUUCGUUGCGGCCACCACCACCACCGCCGCCGCUGCUGCUGAUUGCAGAGGGCCAAGGGCUCCAGCCAAGCGCUCCCAGCCACCCCCCUCUCGACACCCAAAGCCCCGUUCGUCUGCCGCAAUCCAAGGGGCUCAUCUCGACACCCCAAGCCCCGUUCGUCUGCCACAAUCCAAGGGCUCCUCUCGACACCCCAAGCCCCGUUCGUCUGCCACAAUCCAAGGGCUCAUCUCGACAACCCCAAGCCCCGUUCGUCUGCCACAAUCCAAGGGCUCAUCUCGACACCCCAAGCCCCGUUCGUCUGUCCAGGGCUCAUCUCGACACCCCAAGCCCCGUUCGUCUGCCAAUCCAAGGGCUCAUCUCGACACCCCAAGCCCCGUUCGUCUGCCCCAAUCCAGGGGCUCAUCUCGACACCCCAAGCCCCGUUCGUCUGCCACAAUCCAAGGGCUCAUCUCGACACCCCAAGCCCCUUUCGUCUGUCCAGGGCUCAUCUCGACACCCCAAGCCCCGUUCGUCUGCCACAAUCCCAGGGGCUCAUCUCGACACCCCAAGCCCCGUUCGUCUGCCACAAUCCCAGGGCUCGUCUCGACACCCCAAGCCCCGUUCGUCUGCCACAAUCCAAGGGCUCAUCUCGACACCCCAAGCCCCGUUCGUCUGCCACAAUCCCAGGGCUCAUCUCGACACCCCAAGCCCCGUUCGUCUGCCACAAUCCAAGGGCCCCUCUCGACACCCCAAGCCCCGUUCGUCUGUCGGAAUCCCAGGGCUCAUCUCGACACCCCAAGCCCCGUUAGUCUGCCACAACCCAGGGGCUCAUCUCGACACCCCAAGCCCCGUUCGUCUGCCCAGGGCUCAUCUCGACACCCCAAGCCCCGUUCGUCUGCCACAAUCCCAGGGGCUCAUCUCGACACCCCAAGCCCCGUUCGUCUGCCCAGGGCUCAUCUCGACACCCCAAGCCCCGUUCGUCUGCCACAAUCCCAGGGGCUCAUCUCGACACCCCAAGCCCCGUUCGUCUGCCCAGGGCUCAUCUCGACACCCCAAGCCCCGUUCGUCUGCCACAACCCAGGGGCUCAUCUCGACACCCCAAGCCCCGUUCGUCUGCCACAAUCCCAGGGGCUCCUCUCGACACCCCAAGCCCCGUUCGUCUGCCACAAUCCCAGGGCUCAUCUCGACACCCCAAGCCCCGUUCGUCUGCCGCAAUCCCAGGGGCUCCUCUCGACACCCCAAGCUCCACACGUGGGCCGCAAUCCAAGCGCGUCGCACAAAGCCUGUCACCAGCGACCCGGGGGCUGAGACCAUCAACCUCGCUACACUUGAGACAACCCCGCUUUAGUCACGGGCAGCGGCCGAAACCUGGAUCGGAGCCCAGCCUCUCAGCGCUGCUGGGCCCGCACCCUGACCUCUUACCCUGCCAGCCUCCUCCACAGGCCGGGAAACAUGAAGGAGGAGGAGGAGGAGGAGGAGACGCGGUUCAUGUGCCCCGUGUGCAGCUGGGUGCUGGUGAGCCAGCCGGCGCUGCAGGACCACAUGAAGCGGCACGUGCGGCCCGGCGACCACACGCCGCCGCCGCCGCCGCCGCCGCCGCCGUCGACGCAGCAGCAGCAGCAGCAGCAACAGCAGCAGCAUGAGUGCGAGCAGUGCCCCUACAGCACCGACCGCCGCUGCAACCUGGAGAUCCACGCCCGCACCCACGCGGCCGCGGCCGCGGCCGCGGCCGCCGAGAAGCCGUUCAAGUGCGGCGACUGCGGCAAGGCGUUCGCUCUCGCCGGCAACCUGCAGAUGCACCAGCGCAGCCACGGCGGCGGCGGCGGCGGCGGCGGCGGCAACAACAAGACGCAGCCGUCGCUGCCGCAGCCGCCGCUGCCGCAGCCGCCGUACCAGUGCACGGCAUGCGGGAAGGUGUUCGCCUGGCUCGGCGAGUUCCACGGCCACCUGGCGUCUCACGCGGCCACCGGCGGUAACGGCGGCAACGCCGGCGGCAACGGCAACAACGCCGGCGGCAACGGCAACGGCAACGGCAACGGCGGCAACGGCGGCGAGAAGACGUACACGUGCGGCGUGUGCGAGAAGGAGUUCGCGCAGCCCGAGCGCCUGCGCGAGCACCAGCGGUCGCACGCGAGCGGCGAGAAGCCGUACAUGUGCGGCGACUGCGGCAAGGUGUUCACCUACACGGCGAGCUUCAAGAAGCACCUGCGCUCGCACACGGACGAGAAGCCGCACGCGUGCGCCGAGUGCGGCAAGGUGUUCACCCACCUGGGCAACCUGCAGAGGCACGAGCGCUGCCACGUCGACGGCAAGCCGCACAAGUGCAACGAGUGCGGCAAGGAGUUCACCUACACGGCCAGCUUCAUGAAGCACCUGAGGACGCACACGGAGGAGAAGCCCUUCAUGUGAGCGGCCCGGAGCGAGCGUGGAGGAGCGAGCGAGGGAGCGAGCGAGGGAGCGAGCGAGGGAGGGAGGGAGGGAGCGUCGCGCAAGGCAGAAGAGGAGAGACACCUUCCCCCUGACCCCCCACCUCCCAACCCUGCGUGCUGCGUGGGGUGACGGCGGUGACGGCGGUGACGGCGGUGACAGCGGCGGCGGCGGCGGCGGCGGCGGCGGCGCAGCUUUGCCAGCAGUGGGGGCGACGGCGACAGCGGAGGGAGGAGGGAGGAUCGACCGGUGGAUGGAUUCGACGGUUCGCAGGUGGAGCGAUUUCGGAUUGGGUUGUCGCAAGAUUCAGGGCCGCGGUCGAACCAGAGAGUUCACUAACUUAGUUCGUAUCACCGCUACUUACUGCUUACUGCUACUACGACGAGCUCGGCGAGGCCCGGCUGACCGCCGCCACCACCGGCGGCCCCGCGGGCGCGCCGCGGUCGCCCUCGGGGUCAGGUCAGACUCCGCUGUUCGCGCCCGGCAGCCGACCGGGCGGUUGCCGCUCGCGCCAUCGCCCGCUGCAGUCCCGAUGACUAAAACAAAA